AUGCGACUACGGAGCCUGGGGGUGCUGAGCCUGAGUGUGCGAGGCCUGGGAGUGCUGCGUCUUGGGGUGCUACGCCUAGGGGUACUGCGUCUUCACUACGGGAGCCUCUCUCACCACAGCAGCUGCGUGAGUGGUACGCUAGUCGCUGUCGCCUUCAAAGUGACGCUGCUGGAGCUGGAGGUCCUGGCACUGCUGGUCCCGGAGGUGCUCGUACUGGAGGUACUGGAGCUGCCGGGGCUGGUGGUGCUUGUCCUGGAGUCGCUGGAGGUGCUGGAGGUGCUGGUGCUGGAGGCGCUGGAGCUGGAGGUGCUGGUGCUGGAGGCGCUGGAGCUGGAGGUGAUGGUGCUGGAGGCGCUGGAGCUAGAGGUGCUGGUGCUGGAGACACUGGAGCUGGUGACCCUAGAGCUGGAGCUGCUGGAGCUUGCGGAGCUGGUGCUGGUGGCUCUGGAGACACAGGGGCUAGAGGCGCUGGCGCUGGAGCUGCUAGGGCUUGUGAACCUAGAGCUGGAGCUGCUGGUCCAGGCGGUGUUAGUACUGGAGCUACUGGAGAUGUCGGAGCUGCUGGCGCUGGAGGCGCAGGUACUAGAGACGCUAGAGCUGCUGGAGGCGCUGGAGCUACUGGUGCUCGUACAGGAGGUGCUGGUGCUGGUGGCACUGCGCAGCCGCGACUGUUCUUCGCUCCUCCGUCACCGUCAUCUUUGCCGCCGCCUGACUCUGUGCUUCGCCAGGUUCUUACCCUCCCAUCUUCUACUGGCCUCCCGUUACAGCCUGGCUCCCCGCUGCCUGCUCCUUCUCCUUACAGUGAGCACACAAACUCGCUUACAGAGCGUCGUGAGCCUGCGUCGCGUCCUGCCUCCCCUGUUCGCCGUGCUCGUCGUGUCCCGCGUCCGCGUCCUCCUCCUGUGCCAGGCACUCGCGCUAUGGCACUUCGUCCUUCCUCUGCUCCUCAGCGCGUCCCGCUGCCGUCCCCUCCUGCGUCCUCUCUUCCACACGUUCCGGACCCUCCGUCUGACAGUGUUCGUGCUGCUCACCCUACUGUCACGCGUCUGUUAG